AUGAGUAGCUUAAAUUUAGAUUUUUAUAUAAAUAAACAUCGAAAAGCUUAUGAAGAAAGAUUAAAAAAAGAACAUAGUAAUCAAGAAAAUUUAAAGGAUUCUGAAAUUAAAAAUAAACAAAUAAAUGAACCGACUAAACAGGUUAAUGAGGUUGUAAAUCUCAAUAAAACUAAAGACAAAACAAAACAAGAGCAGAAAAAUGGAGAUCUUUUGAAUUCAGACGAAAAGCACCUCGAUCAAGUCGAUACGGACUAUUUAUAUGCCUUGAAAUUAAAUGAGACAUUGAAUGGAUUGAGUGAUGGUUCAAUAAACUCAAAGUAUGAUAAAAUAGUAAACAAUGUAAAUAAAUCAAAUAAUGAAGAAACAACUAAAGAUAAUGAGAUUCGGGGGCCCGAUGAUUUUUAUGUAGAAUGCCUUUUAGAUGAUAAUGGUACACAUCCAUAUUAUAUGGAUUACAAUUAUAAUUUUAAUUUAUUUAAUAAUAAUACAACACUACGUCAAUAUAAUACUAGAAAUAAUAGACAUAAUAUUAAUGAUAAUGAUUUUAAUUAUUAUACUAGUAAUUUGAUGAGAUUUAGAAACGAUAAUAUUGAUCAUAACAUUAUUUCUACUAGUUCUGAUGAAGAUAUGAAUGUGGAAAAUAAAAGAAAAAAUUGUUUAAAAAGUGAUGAUUCAAAAUAUAUAAAAGAAAAUGUAAAUGAUGUUGAUUUUAUUUAUAUAACAGAUGAUAAUGCUCCAUUGUCUUCAACACCAAAACAAAAUAAUAUUAAAAAAAAUGUUAACAAUUCAAGCGAAGAAAAUAAAACGAAUAGUGAUGUUAUAUAUAUUUGUGAAAAUGGAUAUAAUGAUGACCGAGAUAAGACUUAUUCAAUUCAAAAUAGAAAGAGGAAAGAUAAUGAAGGAUAUGAUGAAUAUUCAUAUAAAAAUGUAAAUGAAAAUGAAAAUAAUAGAAAAAAAAAAUCUCAAAAAAAAAAUAUAUAUGAGAUUGAUAGUGAAUAUUUUGACAUAAAAUACGAUGGUAGUAAUGACGAAGAAAAAAAUGGUUCAAAUGAUAAUUCAAUUCAAAGAAAUUUUAACAUUGUUGAUAAUAUAAAUAAUAGUUUUGAAUAUAUAUCAAAUGUAUAUAAUUUAAAUGAAGAAAAGUAUGAAAAUAUCUCAGAAAAAAAACCUAAAAAAAGUAGUAAAAGAGAAAACUCAGAUGCAGUUAAUUCAUAUAAUUCAUCUUCUACAUAUUCAUUUCGAACCAACAAAAAUAAAAAACUCGACAAAAAUAAAAAAAACGACAAGAAUGCAAAUUAUGAUAAUUACUUUUUGAAUGAAAGCCAAGACAUAUUAAGCGAGGAAUGCAAUGAUAAUAUAGAACAUGUAGAAAAUAACAAAAAAAACUAUGAAAAAAAUUUAAGUAAAAAUAUCAAUACAGUAAAAAAUAUAAAUUAUUCAAAUAAUUAUAAAGAUGAAUGUGAUUUCCAUAAAAUUGCGAAUAAUAAUUUGAGAAACCAUUAUUUAACUGAAAAAUAUUUCACUUUUGAUAUGAAUGAAAAUUAUUUAGAUAAAUCUACUUAUAAUGAAUGUGAAAGCAAUAAAUUGAUAUGUGAUAAUAAAUAUGGAAAAAAUUACAUAAACAAUUCAUGUACAAAUAAAAAUUAUAUUGAUUGUUGUGAUAUAGAAAGCAGCUAUUUAAAUGAAGAAAAUAAAGUUAUAUAUAAUAAUGGAAACUACGAAAUUUAUAAUAACAAACAUGGUGAUAAUAAUACUAGUAACAUAAAUGAUAGUCCUAAAAAUCGAAAUUACAAAAAUAAUUCAGAAAACUGUGAAACACAUUUUGUAAAAGACAUCAAUUUCGAUUAUUCUUUUUCUUCAAAUAAAAAUGAUGAUGUAUUAAUGUUUAAUAACAAUACAAAUGAACAUAAUAAUAAUUUAAAUAAUAGUCAUAAUGAGGAUAUAUAUAAAUAUUACAUAAGCUGA